AUGAGGCAGAAUCAUCAGCAAGGUCUCGAUGUUGAUGCUCUUAUGUGGAAAAGCCAGAUGGUCGAUGACGAUGUAGUUGGUAUCAGAGAAUAUCGCCUGGAGGAUCGCCUUGCUGCCGUUGGUCAUGAUGGGAAAGUCUUCGAUGAAAGACAUGGCGACGAAAAGGAUUGUCCAUCGACAAAUUUUCGGUUCUUCGAAGCAGGAGAUAUUGUUCGACACGCCAGAUUUGAUUCGUGCUUGAUCCCACACUCCAUCGUUGUAGGUUUACUGUUCAAAUGGCUGGCACUGGUCGGAUAG